AUGGCGAUUGAAAAAGGAAUAGCGCAUAGACCAGGUGCUUACAAGCAAACCAAUAAAGAACAUAAACACGGACGACACCGCUCAAAAGGAUCGAUAAGCGUAACAACAAAAGGAAAGGUUUCAGUUAAAACUCUAUCUAAGCGUAAUAAAAGAGAACUAAACAGAGGUGAGAGGCGGAAUCAGGCGGUACAAAUUAGACAAAACAAGAGAGAUGAAGUUCUUGCUAAAAAACGAUCUCUGGGGGGACUAGAUUUUGCCCCAUUUUUAGUUUGCCUUGUACCAUUAAAUAAAGAUAUAGACCCACAUACGGCAUUAACGUUACUAUGUCAGUGCGAUGAAGAAGCUAUACUAUCCAAAUCCUCAACAGGGUCCACCCACCUAAGUGUACCGAGAUUUAAACAGAGGUUUGAAUUUGUUGUUCCUGAUAGAGAUCAUGAUUUUGCUGUAUUAGAUACUUUAAAAGUUGCAGAUACUGUACUUUUUUUGAUAUCAGCUGCAACAGGAAUUGAGGAUAGUGAAGUUGUUAUUGAUAAUUGGGGAAAUUCUAUAUUAUCUUCUUCCUUUGCCCAGGGUUUGCCAACUCCUCUAGUUGUUAUUACUGAUCUGGAAAGCAUUGUACCAAAGAGAAGGAAUGAACACAAACAACAAAUUCAAAAAUUAGUAAAUAAAUGGUUGCCUGAAGAGAAAGUUUUAGUGAUGGAUAAAAAUGUGGAUGGAGUCAAUGUUUUACGAAAAAUCGGUAGCCAAAAAAGAAAGUCGGUAUUAUAUAGAGACAGACGACCACAUAUUUUUAGUAAAAGUGUUGAUUAUGUUCCAGAUGCGGAAGGAACUCUAGGAACUUUAAAAAUUAGUGGAUAUUUAAGAGGUACUGCACUAUCCGUAAAUCAGUUGGUUCAUAUUCCUGGAUUAGGAGAUUUCCAAAUGUCUCAGAUUGACGCUCCAAAUGAUCCUUUUAAACAUGAAAAGAAAAGUAGAGACACAAACAGCAUGGAAUCAGAAGAGCAGCAAGUUAUCCGUGUACUUGAACGGAGUGAUCCCAUGAAACAAGAAUCUCUUGAUGCUGAGAAUGUGCCUGAUCCAUUGGAUGCAGAACAGACGUGGCCAACUGAAGAAGAAAUGGAGGCUGCAGAUAAAGAACAAAAGUUAAGAAAAGUAAAGAGAGUUCCCAAAGGAUGGUCAGAUUACCAAGCAGCAUGGAUUCCCGACGACGACGCCGAAUUUCAGGAACACAAUUCGGAUGAAGAUGAAUCCGACUCAGACGAUGAAUACAUGGAUGCCAUGUCAGAGGAAAAAUCAGACGUUUCUGGAGAUGAAGCAGGAGAUAAAGACUUUGCAUCAGUUACUGAGUCAGAAGUUGCUGUAAAUGACGAAAGAUAUGACAAAGAAAUGGACUUAUAUGCUGAAAAGCAGGAGUUGGACAAACUUAAGGCGGCUAAGAGUGACAGGGAGUUUCCGGAUGAAAUCGAUACACCUUUUGAAGUGCCUGCUAGAGAGAGGUUCCAGAAAUAUAGAGGACUAGAGAGUUUCAGGACAUCACCUUGGGAUCCUAAAGAAAAUCUUCCAAGUGACUAUGCAAGAAUAUUUCAGUUCCAAAACUUUGACAGGACCAAAAAGAGAGUUCUAAGUGAACAAGACGACAAAGAUGGCGCUUUGCCCGGUUGGUACAUUACCGUUCACGUGAAGGCAGUUUCGCAGCUUCUUUGGGAGACUUUCCAAAAAACUAACGCACCAGUGACUGUGAUAGGUAUGUUUCCCCACGAGCAUAAGAUGUCAGUGCUCAAUGUUGUGCUAAGAAGAACCCAAAACUACAUUUUGCCGAUCAAAUCGAAAGAAAGGUUGGUGUUCCAGGUCGGAUAUAGAAGAUUUGUUGUCAAUCCGAUUUUUAGCAGUCACACCAACGGCCAAAAACAUAAGUUUGAAAGAUACUUCCAACCUGAUUCGACGGCAGUAGCGACGUUCUACGCACCCAUUCAGUUCCCUCCUGCGCCUGUUUUAUGUUAUAAAGAAGUAAAUAAUAGACUGGUUCUUGUGGCUUCCGGUAGUUUACUUUCCUGCAAUCCAGACAGAAUGGUCGUGAAACGGAUAGUGUUGUCAGGUUAUCCAUUUAAAAUUCACAAGAAAUCUGCUGUUAUUCGGUUCAUGUUCUUUAAUAGAGAAGAUAUCGUCUAUUUCAAACCCAUUAAACUAAGAACGAAAAUGGGAAGAAGUGGACAUAUUAAAGAACCUUUAGGUACACACGGUCACAUGAAAUGCGUGUUUGAUGGCCAUCUGAAUUCUCAAGAUACCGUCUUACUGAAUCUAUAUAAAAGAAUAUUUCCAAAAUGGACCUACGAAGACUUUAUUGUUAGUUGUGCUGGUGACACAAUGGAAAAUUGA